AUGUUUCUGCAGCAUGUGGAAUUCCGGAAUCAGCAGGACCUGGACCACAUCCUCACGUGGCAGCCACCAGAGGUGAUCCAACUCUACGACUCGGGUGGUCUGUGUGGCUAUGACUAUGAAGGCUGCCCUGUGUGGUUCGACAUCAUCGGGACAAUGGACCCCAAGGGGUUGCUGAUGUCGGUCUCUAAGCAGGAAAUGAUCCGCAAGCGUAUCAAAGUCUGUGAGCUGCUUCAGCAUGAGUGUGAGCUGCAGAGUCAAAAGUUGGGCAGGAAGAUCGAGAGGAUGGUGAUGGUGUUUGAUAUGGAAGGGUUGAGCCUGAGGCACCUCUGGAAGCCGGCUGUAGAGGUCUACCAGCAGUUUUUUGCCAUCUUGGAAGCAAAUUAUCCUGAGACGGUGAAAAAUUUAGUUGUUAUUCGAGCACCCAGGCUUUUCCCAGUGGCCUUCAACCUGGUCAAGUCCUUCAUGGGUGAGGUGACACAGAAAAAGAUUGUGAUUCUGGGAGAAAACUGGAAACAGGAUCUACUCAAGUUCAUGAGCCCUGACCAGCUGCCUGUGGAAUUUGGGGGGACCAUGACUGAUCCUGAUGGUAACCCCAAGUGCCUGACCAAGAUCAACUAUGGAGGUGACGUGCCCAAGAGCUAUUACAUGUGCAGACAGGAGAGGCUGCAAUAUGAGCACACAGUGGUCGUGGGCCGAGGCUCCUCCCACCAGGUGGAGAAUGAGAUCCUGUUCCCAGGCUGUGUGCUCAGGUGGCAGUUUGCGUCAGAUGGUGGAGACAUUGGCUUUGGAGUAUUCCUGAAGACCAGGAUGGGGGAGCGGCAGAAGGCUGGAGAGAUGACAGAGGUGCUGCCCAACCAGCGCUACAACGCCCACCUAGUGCCUGAGGAUGGGAGCCUCACCUGCCUCAAGGCCGGAGUCUAUGUCCUGCGCUUUGACAACACCUACAGCCUCCUGCACACCAAGAAAGUCGGCUACACUGCAGAGGUGCUGCUCCCGGACAAGGCCUGUGAGGAGAAGUUGCAGGGCCUCAGGGCAGGGAGCCCUCCUCGGGACAGUGAAGACUCUGGCCGCCUCUGACCCUGCUCCAUCCAACUCCUUCACACACCCCUGCCCCUGGCCCCCUAGGCAGGGUGGUGCUGAAGGUGGCUUCAGAGAUCUCCAACCCCCAUCUCCAUCCAAGCCUCCCAUGGGACCACUUAGACACAGACCAGCACUUUCAUUCCUGUACCUAGAGAAUGGGGCCGAGGGUGACAUCACACAUCCACUAGGAAAGGACCCUACCCUUGUUCUUGUCCUCUUGAAGACACAUACCCACCCAGGAUUCAGUCAUGCCUGGUAUCCCAGCUGGGGUCCAAGACAUGAGUCCUGUCCCUCACAUGGAGCACAGCUGCAUCGUUUCUCUCCAACUGGGGGUCAGCAAGGAUGGAAGGGCCAGCUGGAGGCAGCUGGGCAGCCUGUGAAGGAGGGGUGAGGCCCCAGCUCCAGCAUAGCAUCAAGGCCUCUCUAAAUUCCGCCGCCUUUGGAAGGAAUAGCAGAAGUGGAGAGGCAGGUCGUGGCAGGGGAGCCAUUGGAGAGAAAACCACACUCAGCUUUACAAGGUUGAGCAGGCUGUUGAGUCUAAUGAAGAGAUACACACAUGCGCACAUGCGCAAUGCACCUCCCCCCACACGCACAUCUGCUGGGAUCCUGCUGAUACGCAACUUUGGCUGUUUCUUUUUUCUUAAGGCAGUUCCCCCUGCCAAGCCAUCUUCAAAUUCACCAUGUAGCCCAGGCUGGCCUUGCAUUAGUCUGCCUUCUUCAACGUCCUGUGUGCUGGGAUUGCAGAUGUGCACCACUGUGGCUGGCUAUCUUUAGUUCUUUCUGGCCUGAGUGGAGCUCAGAGUCAAAGCUAAGCUGCAGGGAGAUAUUGGUACUGGUGUGCAGGGUGAAUCACUGGGGGUUCAUUCUGACUUCUAACAUGCUUCUUGGAGAACCUUCCAGCCUUCUAUACAUCUGCAUGUCUCUAAGGAGAGAGUUGAAAGGCAGCUGCCAACAGCCCUUCCCUGUGUGCCCAAGAGCUGGCCAGUGACAGCUUCUGCAUGUGAUAUCUCAAAGGCUGGUCCUCCUAGCAUCCAUAGGUAGUCAGCCAGCCCACCAUUGCUCUGUUGGGUCGACUGAACCUAACAGAGCAGACACUGCCAAGCUUGAUCCAGUGUGGAUGGCUCACGGAAGCAUUACCCAGAGCCUAGUAGCCUGGGCUGUGCUGAACUGCUUCAUCCUGGACCUCUGGCUGGGACAGAAGACUUGUGUCCCAAGCAGGGUGGCUCAGGAUCACUGAUAUUGCCUUCUUUGUCCCUCUGUGUUGCUGGGCCAAAUGUCCCUGGAAGUGAAUGAUGAGAUGCUCCUGGAAAGGGAGUCCUUAUUUCAAAGUGCCUGUCAUCCUAGAAGCCUUAGAAGAUGCCACCUUGUCUAGGCAUCUUGCAAGCACAGGGCCAGGCCCUGGUCCCUCUCCUGCUUCCAGAUAUCAUUUGAUUUUCUCUACUUGCUAGAUGUUGUCAUUAUCGAAGACAUUUUAAUGGAGAAAACAAUAAACCUUGAAGAUGAGAGAGGGGCUCUUCAGGGUAGCUCCUAUUCACUGUAUCUGGACCAUUUACAGUCAAGGUUUAGAGUCUGAAUAGGAGGACAAAUGCCAAGGGGCAGUGCCAUGAGAAAUUCCUGCCGAAGAUCAGCUUAAGCAGGUUGGCAAGAGGGAAAAAAAUUCUAUGGUUUUGCUGGAUCCAAAGAGAGCCUGGAACUGUCAGGCAAGAGUCCCAAGGCAUUUCAAAGUCCAGGGCUGCUCCUGCAUUCAUGGUAUGGCAAGCACGGACACCCCUCUUGUCUCCCUGAGGCAUUCCAGCUUCUUGGGGUCAUUUCCCCACAUCAUUUGGCAGACUGAAAGGGCUGUCACUGAGGAUGGUUAGGAUUAUCGUGAGUUCAUUCAUCUCACUUCAUGUCAUGAUGAGUACUCAAAACGACUCAGUGUGGCCUUCAAAUAAAAGGCUUCCGAACUCGAACCCUGACCCUUGCCCUUCUAACCACCCACAGCCAAUUUUCCCUGUCGGUGCGGCCUCACCAGUAUUUCCUUACUGGUAACAGAGACAGACCUGGCCUGGGCACAAGGACAGUUGAUGCUCCCAUCACAGAGAACAGACACACAGCAGUGCUGGGAGCAGAGGGGUAGGCAGCAGGCACCAAGGAGAAGCUGCAGGUACCGGCGGCUCUGGAUCCCAGAGCUGGCACAACAUGCCUCCUGGUUAAGCAAUGACCACCUGAGGUCACCUGAGGAGGUGAUGCAGAACCUGCCUGGCAAGUGGACAGGGCAUUGAGAGCUCGGGAAGUCAUGUGUCCUCAGCAAACCUCACCCUUGCAGGCACAUCCAACUCUCUGGCAUUGCAACAUGAUGCUGUCAUCUAUAAACUUCUUAAGUGAGAACCAUGCCAACUGAGUUACAAAACAAUCCAAAAAGCCACAGGAAACACCCACACAACAUUUCAUGCAGUUUUAUGGUUUUGUUUUGGGCCAGGUUUGUAGAGACCCUGGGCCUCACACAGCCUGUACAGCCAGGUUGGA